AUGGCUACACUUGACUUGACAACUUUGGGAACAGCUCUACCAGGACCAGUUUCGGACCAUAGUAAAGCACUAUACAAGCUUUUGCGAGAUGUUCAUGAUACCACCUUGGUAUCACAGAUAAGCUUCUCGUUGCGAGACUGGAGGCACGUUCCAAAGGAUGAUGUUAUUCGCCAUGCAUUUGAGACUGCAAGAUUUCUCUACCUCACGAUAUACCCUCGCAUCCCCAGACUCCGAUACAUGGUUGAGAAAAUGGGAAUGGAGAAACCCUCAGAGCAGGACAUGAUCAGACGGUGGCAUACGGAAUUAUUAUUGUAUCUCGAGACUAAUGGUCCAAUCAGGAGUCUAUUUGAUGAUAAUCCGACAUUGCUCCAAGGGUGUAUCAAGAGCAUAUUAAUGCUGCAGGCACUGGAGUAUAGGAUCUCCAUGUGA